AUGUCCGACAGAUCGGCAGCGGAUGAUUUUUUCGGUAUCGAAUACAUGUCAUCGCAGUCGCCGAAACCUGAAAUAAAAGAGGAACAAGCAGUUAAAGACCACGCAAAACCGAAGAAGUCUUUUCGUCUCAGGACGGAUGUCACUGAUCUGGGAAAGGACGUUAGUCAACUUUCUGGUACAGAAUUUCUGGAUCGGGCGUUUUUCCCUCAACUUGAACUUGAUCCUGAUUCAUCAGAAAGGGAUGACAGUAAACUGUCCAAGGACUUCAUCGAAGAGCAGUUCUUCAGACGGAUGGGAUCACCUGAUGGCCGCAUGAGUGGAGCGCCUGUAGAAUCAGAAGAGUCGACUCCUCAAAUGGUUGAACUCGACCAAAAUAAGGAAAGUCGCCGUCGAUCCCAUGUCAAUAGUUCUCAAAGGCGACGAAAGAAUGUUUCCCCUGAAAAGAGCCUCCGACAGAAGGACAGCUCUGCUCAAGAUGAAAAUGAUGAGUUCGAUGGGAGCUCUGAUGGAACAAUUGAGGAGUCUGGGUUGCAAAAAAUACGAGCUGAUAUUAUUCCCUUGUGGCGUAUGACUCAAGAGGAGUUGUUGGAUCUUAUGUCAGAAAGGAUUCUGUAUAAAGAUGAGAAUAUCCUUGCACUUGACAAACCAUAUGGUAUGGCUUAUUCCGGCUCAUCUCCGACUGCCCCUCACAAUGCUAUGCUGCAGUCGACCUUGAAGGAAGAUUUCGAAAAAGGCUUGGUAGAACAAAUAAGCAGGUGUAUCGUACGAGGCGAACUGGAUGAUUCUCCCGUCAAAAUCAAUAUUCCCUUAUUAAAGACCGUGAAGGAUAGGGACAUGAAACUUGUACCUUUGGUGUCGAACAAAGCGAAAGGCGAGAUAUUCUACGUAGAAUCGGAAUGCCGCACUGUUCGUGGAAAAUCAAUAUGUUUCAAGUGUGGAAAAAUCCCUCAUCAGAUUCGUGCUCACCUUGCGCUAGCUGGUUGCCCAUUAAUUGGUGAUGCAAAAUACAGCGGUUCUUCUCCUCGAACUCCACGCUUGUCCCAUCAUGUUCUGGAUUCGCUCAAUGUGACAGAUUCACAGUCUCGCAAAAUCCCCAUGUAUCUUCAUUCCAAAGAGGUUACUCUACCAGCCGUGUCGCGAUCAAAUGCUCCAAUUCGAAUACAUGCUCCCUUACCGGCACAUUUCAAAUGGAUGCUAAGAAAACUGAAGUUAGUAAAACGGUAG